AUGGGGACACGGGCCCCGCAGGGCCUCCUCCUCCUUCUCGUGCUCCGGCUGCUGCUGCCACGCGGGGCCUCAGCUGGGAGCCUGCAUAGCCCAGGCCUGUCCGAGUGCUUCCAGGUGAAUGGCGCAGACUACCGCGGCCACCAGAACCGCACGGGCCCGCGCGGGGCUGGGCGCCCGUGCCUCUACUGGGACCAGACGCAGCAGCACAGCUACAGCAGCGCCAGCGACCCCCACGGCCGCUGGGGGCUGGGCGCGCACAACUUCUGCCGUAACCCAGAUGGUGAUGUGCAGCCAUGGUGCUACGUGGCCGAGACGGAGGAGGGCAUCUACUGGCGCUACUGCGAUAUUCCCACGUGUCAUAUGCCUGGGUACCUGGGCUGCUUCGUGGACUCCGGGGCACCCCCGGCCCUCAGCGGCCCCAGCGGCACCUCAACAAAGCUCACGGUCCAGGUGUGCCUUCGCUUCUGCCGCAUGAAGGGCUACCAGUUGGCGGGCGUGGAGGCUGGCUACGCCUGUUUCUGUGGCUCUGAAAGCGACCUGGCCCGGGGACGCCCGACUCCGGCCACAGACUGUGACCAGAUCUGCUUUGGCCACCCCGGCCAGCUGUGCGGCGGCGAUGGGCGCCUGGGCAUCUACGAAGUGUCCGUGGGCUCCUGCCAGGGGAACUGGACCGCACCUCAAGGUGUCAUCUACUCCCCGGACUUCCCGGACGAGUACGGGCCGGACCGGAACUGUAGCUGGGCGCUGGGCCCUCCGGGCGCCGCCCUGGAGCUCACCUUCCGCCUCUUCGAGCUGGCGGACCCGCGCGACCAGCUGGAGCUGCGCGACGCCGCCUCGGGCAGCCUGCUCCGCGCCUUCGACGGCGCCCGCCCACCGCCGCCGGGGCCGUUGCGCCUGCGCUCCGCCGCACUGCUGCUCACCUUCCGCAGCGACGCUCGCGGCCAUGCGCAGGGCUUCGCGCUCACCUACCGUGGGCUGCAGGACGCCGACGACCCCGCGCCCCCCAAGGGCUCGGCCCAGACCCCUGCAGGGCCCCCCGACGGGACCAACGUGAGCUGCAGCCCCCGUCCUGGGGCUCCAGAGGCUGCGAUUGGGGCCCAGGUCUUCUUGACGGUGAUGGCCGUCUCAGUGCUGCUGCUGCUGCUGCUGUCGCUGCUGCGCCUGCUGCGCGGACGGAGCUGCCUGCUGGCUCCGGGUAAAGGGCCCCCAGCGUUGGGGCCUUCCCGGGACCCCGCAAGAAGCUGGGCCGUUUGGUACCGCCGGCCUCGAGGGGUCGCCCUGCCCUGUCCUCCCGGGGACCCCCAGGUUGAGAGUCUAACCGCGAGUUACCGGCCAUUGAGCGCCUCCAGCCAGAGUUCCCUGCGCUCACUCAUCUCUGCUCUCUGA